CUUCGUAGUAUUAAUGUGAUUGAACUGUACAAAUGUGGGGGGGGGAAUGUACUAAAUAUUGCUGUCCUAUCUUUACAGAUUGUCAUUGUGUGCCUUGUUGUUCUGGAUGCCUUAUUUGUGGUAACUGAAAUCGUUCUCGACUUGGAACUCUUGGUGGACAAAGUUGACCAUAUUAUACCAAAGAUCUUUCACUACAUGAGUUUGGCCAUCGUGUCCUUGUUCGUGUUGGAAAUUUUGUGUAAAAUAAUUGCUUUCAGCGUUGAAUUUUUCCACCAUAAAUGUGAGGUGUUUGAUGCAGCCAUUGUGGGUGUAUCCUUCAUUAUCGAAGUAAUUUACUCAACACUGGAAGAUUUAUUCCGUGCAAUCGGGCUGCUGAUCUUACUCAGGAUGUGGAGAGUGGUUAGGAUUGUACUUGGCUCCAGUUUGUCAGUGAUCAAAGCAGAAGACAAAAUCCAAAAAUUCAAGGACAAGAAUGAGAUUUUACUGGAAAGAGUAUCUCAACUGGAACAGCAGUGUUCCCAGCAGAUUUUAAAACCUACAGAGAAAAAGAAGCCCAAUGCAAGCCGACCAGUAACGCCACCACGAGGCAUGAUUACGAAACAGGCGAAAAAAUGAGGGUCUCUUGGCCUGCUUGGACUUGUAUUAUAGUAUAUAAUCAUUUUUUUUAUUUUAAAUUGUGUAACUUGUACUGGUCUGUUCCAUCUAGAUGUUGGCGACUUUUUUUUCCUCAUUUCAAGAAAUGUAUUUGCUACAAUGCUUACUAUUUUCUGUUCUUUACUUUUAAUCUGAAAUUCAAACUUAUUCUGUUGCUUCAAUAUGGUUUAUUUUAUGCCAGUGUUACUGUACACUCCGAUCUUUAUCUUCAUUAUUCAUGUAGCUUUGUACAAUUCACAUUAUUUGUAAAUGCUUGUUUACUACUUUAGUACUUAAAGAUGGCACUUGCGGGCUGGUCAGACUAGGAAUGUCACAGCUAUAAUUUGCAUCCUGUUUAUACAAACCACUGUGAACUUUUUCCUGUUCUUUUUUAAAGGGAUUUUCUUUUACCAUCAGGUCCACAUAUGUAUAGCUAUUAAUAUUAGAAAGAUCCCCCUCUACUUUACCAGCAUCACUGGUUUGAUGUACAUUUAAGUAAAGCACAUUUUCUGUACUGUAUUCUUUAACUGAAAUUAAAGCCAUUAUUUUAACUGUU